AUGCGCCCCCGGAGGGCGCGGAGCCCGCCCGCCCUCCUGACGCGGCUGCUGCUGCUGCUGCUGGUGGCCAUGCCCGCCGCGGGCAAGGGCUGCUUCUGCACGGACAAAGGCCAGUGCUUCUGCGGUGGGACCAAAGGGGACAAGGGUGAGAGAGGUUUUCCCGGGCCCCCUGGAUCUCCUGGCCAGAAGGGAUUCUCGGGUCCUGAAGGCUCGCCUGGACCACAGGGACCCAAGGGCUGUCCAGGACUUCCAGGACUCACUGGUCCCAAAGGUGUAAGGGGAAUAACUGGACUACCAGGAUUUUCGGGUCCUCCCGGACUGCCAGGCCUCCCAGGCCUCCCUGGACCGUACGGUCUUGCUGGUCUACCAGGAUGCAAUGGUUCUAAGGGUGAGCAAGGGUUUCCAGGAUUUCCGGGGACACCAGGCUACCCAGGGGCCCCGGGUGCCACUGGUGUAAAAGGAGAAAAGGGUGAGCCUGCUGAAGGAGAAGAUGUAGAACUUGAUGGAAAAGGUGACCCCGGGCUGCCAGGAGCUCCAGGAUUCCAGGGUUUACCGGGCCUUCCAGGUUUCCCCGGCCCUGUCGGCCCACCUGGCCCUCCGGGAUUCUUCGGUUUACCAGGAACUAUGGGGCCUCCAGGACUUAAGGGUCACAUGGGUGACAAUGUGAUUGGACAGAAAGGGGAGAAGGGUGUGAAAGGAUUAACAGGACCCCCUGGACUCCCAGGAACUGUUAUUGUGACGCUGACCGGCCCAGAGAACAAAACGGAACUCAAGGGGGAGAAGGGAGACAUGGGCGCCCCGGGCCAACCCGGACCUCCUGGACCCUCAGGACCACCUGGAGACUCAUAUGGAUCAGAAAAAGGUGCCCCUGGAGAGCCUGGCCCACAGGGGAAACCUGGAAAAGACGGCGCCCCCGGGUUCCCUGGCACUGAGGGAGCCAAAGGCAGCAGGGGAUUUCCUGGGCUGACGGGCGAAGAUGGCAUUAAGGGGUGGAAAGGAGACAUUGGCCCUCCAGGAUUCCGUGGUCCAACAGAAUACUAUGAUGCAUACCAGGUGAAGGGAGAUGAGGGGCUGCCAGGCCUGCCGGGGCCCAAAGGCGCUCGUGGCCCACAGGGUCCCCCUGGUCCCCCCGGAGAUCCUGGAAAGCCUGGGUUAUCAAGGCCUGGUCUCAGAGGACCCCCUGGACCACCGGGCAUGAAAGGAAGUAAAGGGGUGCGAGGACCCCCAGGAGAGACUGCAAUGGGGUCUCCCGGGGCCCCAGGUUGUCCUGGUUCAUCAGGGCUUCCAGGACCGCCAGGACCUCCAGGACCACCAGGUGACGUCAUUUUCCGCAAAGGUCCCCCUGGAGAAGUUGGACGCCCCGGCCCCGUGGGGCCUCCAGGAAUCCCAGGUGUCGAUGGGCGCAAAGGGGAACCGGGCCUCGUGUGCACGGACUGUCCUUGCAUCCCAGGCCCUCCGGGUCCCCCAGGUCUGCCGGGAUUAGACGGCCUAAAAGGAAUCCCAGGAGGACGGGGGGCAGCUGGCCUUAAAGGAAUCCCAGGGUCCCCAGGAAGUGCGGGUCUUCCAGGAAUUCCAGGAUCCCCGGGUGCUCAGGGUGACCCAGGGCCUAAAGGGGAAAAAGGCGAAGCGGCUCCACCGGAAGGAGAAGUCGGUGCCCCAGGGGACCCGGGGCCCAGAGGGCAGCCGGGAAGGCCGGGCUUGGAUGGAGCUCCUGGAGCCCCCGGAGCGAAAGGAUUACCAGGACCUAAAGGCGAACCGGCCCUCAGUGGUGAGAAGGGGGACCAGGGUCCUCCAGGGGAUCCUGGCAUCCCUGGGUCCCCAGGACCCGCAGGACCAGCUGGACCACCAGGCUAUGGACCGCAGGGGGAGCCUGGUCCAAAGGGCGCCCAAGGAGUUCCUGGAGCCCCUGGACCACCUGGAAGAGCCGGUCCUAAGGGAGAGCCCAGUGUUUCAACACCAGUCCCAGGGCCACCAGGACCCCCAGGUGCUCCAGGUCGUGCUGGCCCCCCAGGUCCACCUGGUUUCCCUGGACCCACAGGAACGUGCAAGGCAGGUGUUCCUGGGCCUGACGGUGACCCAGGAAUUCCAGGAAUUGGAUUCCCUGGGCCUACUGGACCUAAAGGAGACCGAGGCUGUCCAGGAACAAAAGGAUCACCAGGUUGUCCUGGAGAAAUGGGAAAGCCAGGGUUACCUGGAGACCCAGGCCCCCCCGGAGCCAAGGGAGAACCAGGACUAGCCAUGCCUGGAGAACCAGGAACACCCGGUUUUCCAGGAGAAAGAGGCAAUUCUGGGGAAAAUGGAGAAAUUGGACUCCCUGGAUUUCCAGGUCUCCCUGGAAUUCCAGGAACUGGAGGGCUUGAUGGACCACGAGGGGAUCCAGGGCAUCCUGGACCACCUGGAGAACAAGGACUCCCAGGAAGAUGCACAGAGGGUCCCAGGGGACCCCAAGGACUUCCAGGCUUAAAUGGAUUGAAAGGGCAACAAGGCAGAAAAGGUGAAACAGGACUAAAGGGAGACCCAGGGAUUCCAGGCUUGGAUAGGUCAGGACUUCCUGGAGAACCUGGACCACCAGGAAUACCAGGUCUUCAAGGCGAGAUGGGACCACCUGGUCAAAAAGGAUGCCCAGGAAAUCCAGGAUUUUUAGGGCCACCAGGUGAAAGGGGACCGGUUGGGAUGAUGGGCUUCCCAGGCACCAUAGGCCUUCCGGGGCCUCCUGGGACCCCAGGCUCCCCGGGACAGAAGGGUAGCUCUGGAAUUCCAGGAGUAAAGGGUGUCAGAGGACCCCCAGGAGCCAAGGGGGAAAAAGGAGAUAAAGGACCUCCUGGGCCUUCUCAAAUAUCCCACCUACUGGGGGACAAAGGAGAACCAGGCCUCAAAGGGUUUGCAGGAAAGGCGGGGGAGAAAGGAAGCAGAGGCUUUCCAGGGUCACCAGGGCUAGAAGGACUCAAAGGGCCACCGGGACCACCAGGACCACCAGGCCUCAGAGGUGAUCCUGGAAGCAAUGGGAAUCCCGGAGAACCAGGCCCCCGUGGAAUGCCGGGAAGCAUGGGGAACAUGGGGUUACCCGGGUCCAAAGGAAAAAGGGGAACUGUGGGACUCCCAGGUCUCCCUGGAAGAGAAGGCCUCCCAGGUACUCAUGGUCUCCAAGGAGAUAAGGGAGAGCCAGGUUAUGCAGAAGGGGCAAGGCCAGGACCACCAGGACCAAAGGGAGAACCAGGACGGCCAGGCGACAUGGGAAAGAAAGGAGAAAGAGGGCCACCUGGCCCGCCUGGAUCUCCAGGGCCUGCUGGACCGGAUGGAGUCCCCGGAAGUCCCGGAAGUCCCGGCCACCCAGGGAAGCCGGGUCCAGAUGGUGAUUUGGGGCAGAAAGGAAUGAAAGGCUUCCCCGGAUUCCCAGGAGCAAAAGGCCCUCCAGGCCCUCCAGGGUUACCCGGAAAUCCUGGACCAAUGGGUAUGAGGGGUGAUCAAGGACGUGAUGGAAUCCCGGGUCCCGCAGGAGAAAAGGGAGAAACGGGUUUGCUGGGGGCACUUCCCGGCCCCAGAGGGAGACCUGGUGAUCAAGGAGCCAAAGGAGACAGAGGAGCCCCAGGCUUGCCCGGCCUCCCCGGCAGGAAGGGGAUGGUGGGAGAUGUUGGGCCGAGAGGGCCCCCAGGAAUAGCAGGAUUCCCGGGGCCCCCAGGUUUCCCUGGUGCCAUCCUCCCUGGCCAAAAAGGAAACCGAGGCCCACCAGGCUGCAGAGGAAACCCAGGUGAGCCUGGUCCCCCUGGACCUCCUGGGAGUCACGUCAAAGGCAUAAAGGGAGACAAGGGAUUUAUGGGCCAGCCAGGCCCACCAGGCCCACCUGGAGCUGUAGGAGACGCAGGGCCACCAGGUCCUGUGGGAGCACCAGGUCCUCCAGGUCCACCGGGGCUCAGAGGUGACCCUGGAUUCCCCGGAUUUCCAGGCAGGAAAGGAGAGAAGGGUAAUCCAGGAUUUCUGGGAUCAGCUGGACCUCCAGGGCAAACUGGGCCAAGAGGACCACCAGGUCCCCGUGGAGACCCUGGCACACUUGAGAUCAUCUCCCUUCCAGGAAGUCCUGGGCCACCAGGUCAAGCUGGAGGACCAGGGAUGCAAGGAGAGCCCGGGCCACAGGGGCCACCAGGAAUCCCAGGACCCUGUGGGCCAAGAGGUAAACCAGGCAAGGAUGGAAAACCAGGCAUUCCUGGACCAGGUGGCGAAAAGGGCGACAAAGGUCGCAAAGGAGAUCAAGGGCCACCUGGAUUCGAUGGAAUGCCAGGUUUGAAGGGGAAACCCGGUGACAUUGGACCACCUGCAACCAGAACAACGAUGAGAGGCUUUAUCUUCACCCGGCACAGUCAGACCACAGCGAUUCCUUCCUGUCCAGAAGGAACUAAGCCACUCUAUAGUGGGUUUUCUCUUCUUUUCGUACAAGGAAAUGAACAAGCUCAUGGACAAGACCUGGGAACACUUGGAAGCUGCCUACAGAGAUUUACCACAAUGCCAUUCUUAUUCUGUAACAUCAAUGAUGUAUGUAAUUUCGCAUCUCGAAAUGAUUAUUCAUACUGGCUGUCAACACCAGCUCCGAUGCCAAUGGACAUGGCUCCAAUUACUGGCAGGGCCCUGGAGCCUUAUAUUAGCAGAUGUACUGUCUGUGAAGGUCCUGCAAUGGCCAUAGCCAUUCACAGCCAAACCACUGACAUUCCCUCAUGUCCCCAUGGCUGGAUUUCUCUUUGGGAAGGAUUUUCUUUCCUCAUGUUCACGAGCGCGGGUUCUGAGGGCGCCGGGCAAGCACUGGCAUCCCCCGGAUCCUGUCUGGAAGAAUUCCGAGCCAGUCCAUUUAUAGAGUGUCAUGGAAGAGGAACAUGCAACUACUAUUCAAACUCCUACAGUUUCUGGUUGGCUUCAUUAAACCCCCAAAGAAUGUUCAGAAGACCUAUUUCAUCAACUGUGAAAGCUGGGGAGUUAGAAAAUAUAAUAAGUCGCUGUCGAGUGUGCAUGAAGAGAAGACAGUGAAUAAAUCAAAGAAAACAGAACUGUUAUUUUUCAUCUUAAAUAACCAAGUAAUGACACAGAACAUGCAGUUAUUUAAGUAUUUUUCUCUAACCAAAC